CCCUCAGGGAAAAGGGCGGCCUAUAAAUCUUAAUAAAAUGAUAAAAAAUGAUAAAAAUGAUAAAUGAUAGGAAAUUUCCUACAAUAGUUGGGAGAAUGAGAUGGCUAAAUCAGUAAAAUACUUCACAAAGGAUGUACUUUUGAGAAGAUAGAAAAAAAUGCUUGCAAUUUAAUGCACAUAUCUACAAGUCUCAUUAAGUGUAUCUGAACUUAUUUUUGAAUGAAUAUGGAGUUGUUAUUUUAGAAAAUUAAAUAGACACGAUAGCAGAAGGAUGCAAUGAAGUCAGUGCAGAAAUGGAAAUAAACCCACUUACAUUGUACUGGUUUGCAAAUUAAGCCUUAAAUUAUGAUGUUUUUAGGAUAAAUGUUUCAUAGAUUUUAUAAAUUUCUAUAGAGGAAUGAGACUAUUAAGUGAUAUUAGUGAUGAAGGAGCCAUAUAUUUCAUUCCAAAUCUUGGUGUUGGAUGGAAUAAUAUAUACAAAUAUAAUUCUGCAGUCCUUCCUCUGUAAGAAUCAGAGUGUGUACUAUUUCCAUUCUAUUUAUCCCCUUUAACCAGAUCUGAGACAUUUCAUUUAUUGUAAAUUAAUAACUUUCCUAUGCCAGGCUUGGGUCAGUGGCCUUGCUUUAGGAAGCUGUAAAUAAACUGGUAGUAUUUUAAUUGGGAAAAGAUUCAAUACAGUUAUAGGUUUUGGAGAAGAUGUGCAUUAGAAUGCCUUCUUUUUGUAGGAUUUAAUCGGAAUGACACAAAUUAUUUCUUCUUUCUUUCAGGUGCUGAUGGAAUCACCCUGCAUUCUCUAGACAGUGACACAAGAGAUUUUAUGUUUUAAGACAUCCGUGGGCUAUUUAUAUAUUUCUAUGCAGCCUAUGGGCUGUUGCUUCAGGAAUGGCUCCCCAGUUCCGCAGUUACGUUUGGGAUCCUGCACUUAUCAUUUCCCAGAUCCUGCUCAUGCAAGCAAUUUAUUACAGCAGUCUGGGGCUUUGGUUGGCUCUAGUAGACAGUCUGGUACAGAGCAACCCUUCACUGGACCAGAUUUUCAGUUAUGAGUUUUUGGGAUUUGCCACCUCUCCUGGGAGACUUUCCACAAUGGCAUUUAUCCUAAAUGCACUCACCUGUGCCGUCGGUUUAUUGUAUUUCAUUCGACGAGGAAAGCAGUGCUUGGAUUUCACCGCCACCGUUCAUUUUUUUCAUCUGUUGGGCUGCUGGAUUUACAACGGAUCCUUUCCAACAGCUUUGACCUGGUGGCUUGUACAUACUGUGUGCACAGCGCUCAUGGCUGUGAUUGGGGAAUAUCUCUGUAUGAGGACAGAACUGAAAGAAAUCCCAUUAAAUUCAGCCCCCAAAUCCAGUGUAUAGGCCGUCAGAGGCACUGUGUUUCUCCAUCAGUAUCAGCAUCUUGGUGCUAGUUUGUGACACGUGGAAAUGCAACUGAAGAAAUCCAGAGGGCCUUAAAUGUAUUAGCUGGGAGACUGACAUUUGCAAUAUUUUGAUAGGCCAAGAUGAAUAUAGUUUUUACAUAACUCAUUUGUAUUACUAUGCAGAUGUGCCCAAUUUGCCAAAGUGAUCAGACUCGAGUGUUGGAUAAAAUGCAUAAGAGACAUUGGAAGUGGACUGAUUUUGAGAAGCAAGCAGUGAGUGUGAUGAUCACAGUUUCCCUUCUCUAUAGUGUGAACGUCAGUUGACUAGAGAACUCCCAACAAUUGCACAAUAGACACUUUGUUCCCUUUUAUCCGUCGUAUAUCUGAUUCUCAUUUUACUUCCACUUUUUGAAUUAAAGGAUCAAGGAGAUCAAACAAUGCAGAAAGGCACAGUACUAUUAUUCACUUGGCUGCUCAGAUUCCAGAAAGCUUAUUAACAGCAAAGGGUAAUGUGACUGUAUUUAUUGGACUGGAAAAAAAAUACUAUUUUAUUUAAUAAAGACUUUCCAUUGAAGUUUUAUAAUGUAUUGAUCAGGCUGGAUUGUAUUACCUAAUAUGACAGUAGAAAUGAGAAAGUCAUCAGUCGGUAAUACAAUUUAGAAAACCAGGGCCUAGACACUUUUAAACUACUGGCUUCAAAAAGACGAACAAAGAUUAAACACUCUUGUUCACAAUCUGGCAUAGAGAGGUAACUACCCCAGGUCACAUACUCUGAUACGGAAGAUGUUUCAAAUGAGUCCUCUUGUUUACUGCAAUGAAUGUUUUACCUUGGAAGAUUCACUGUUCAUAACCAAGGAAACUUGCAAGAGGUUGUGCAGGGCACAAAAAACAGGAUGGUUAAUUCUUUUUGUAACUACUACUACUACUGUCAAGAUAAACUUGUUUUGCAUAUAA